CCUGCGGCGACUCAGGAGUUCUCUGGGAAGCCCCCCCUUCCCCCAUCCUGGCUGGCGGGGGCCCGGGCAGCUGGAGCGGCGCGCUGCUGAGGCACACCUGCAGGGGCCGCCCGCGAGCCCCCCGCCCCCUUCCUCUUGGCUAGGGCCGUCCCUCGAGAGCGCGGCCCGCCCCUUUGACGUGCGACAGCGGCAGCGGGGACUCUUAAAGGCCGCGGCUCAGGCAUCCUGGCCGAGGAUCCGGCAGGGCGCACCGCGGAGGGGAGUGUUUCGCGACUCACCACCGUCUGUCACCCCCACGUCCCCAGCCGACCGGCGCCUCAGCUGAGCGCGCCUUGGUGACCGAGCACAAAGCACAUUUUCCCAAGUCGGCCCCACUUCCCCCCUUUGUUCUGGGGGUCCGCGUUCCGCCGGGUUCCCCAAGUGUGACUUCCUCGCCAGGGGCGCACGCUGCCCCCUAGCCGGCUGCGAAGAUGCCCUUGGAGCUGACCCAGAGCCGGGUGCAGAAGAUCUGGAUCCCCGUGGACCACCGUCCCUCGCUGCCUAGAUCCUGCGGGCCCAAGCUGACAAACUCGCCUACCGUCAUCGUCAUGGUGGGCCUGCCAGCCCGGGGCAAGACCUAUAUCUCUAAGAAGCUGACUCGAUACCUCAACUGGAUUGGGGUCCCCACCAAAGUGUUCAAUGUGGGGGAGUACCGGCGUGAGGCUGUCAAGCAGUACAGCUCCUACAACUUCUUCCGCCCUGACAACCAGGAAGCCAUGAGAGUGCGCAGGCAAUGUGCCCUCGCUGCCUUGAGAGAUGUCAAAAGCUACCUGACCAAGGAAGGGGGACAGAUUGCGGUGUUUGAUGCCACUAACACCACCAGGGAGAGGAGACACAUGAUCCUCCACUUUGCCAAAGAAAACAAUUUCAAGGUGUUUUUCAUCGAGUCUGUGUGUGAUGACCCCACAGUGGUGGCUUCGAACAUCAUGGAAGUGAAGGUCUCCAGCCCAGAUUACAAAGACUGCAACUCAGCAGAGGCCAUGGACGAUUUCAUGAAGAGGAUUAACUGCUACGAGGCCAGCUACCAGCCCCUGGACCCUGACAAGAAUGACAGGGACCUGUCACUCAUCAAAGUGAUCGAUGUGGGCCGCCGCUUCCUGGUCAACCGCGUGCAGGACCACAUCCAGAGCCGCAUCGUCUACUACCUGAUGAAUAUCCACGUUCAGCCGCGUGCCAUCUACCUGUGCCGCCACGGCGAGACCGAGCACAACCUGCAUGGCAAGAUUGGCGGCGACUCGGGGCUGUCAGCCCGGGGCCGCAAGUUCGCCAAUGCCCUGAGCAAGUUCGUAGAGGAGCAGAACCUGAAGGACCUCAAGGUGUGGACCAGCCAGCUGAAGAGGACCAUCCAGACGGCUGAGGCGCUGAGGCUGCCCUAUGAGCAGUGGAAGGCACUCAACGAGAUUGACGCUGGCGUGUGCGAGGAGAUGACUUAUGAGGAGAUCAAAGACACGUACCCUGAGGAGUAUGCACUGCGGGAGCAGGACAAGUACUACUACCGCUACCCCACUGGGGAGUCUUACCAGGACCUGGUACAGCGGCUGGAGCCAGUCAUCAUGGAGCUGGAGCGGCAGGAGAACGUGCUGGUUAUCUGCCACCAAGCCGUGCUGCGCUGCCUACUGGCCUACUUCCUGGACAAGAGCGCAGAGGAGAUGCCCUACUUGAAAUGCCCCCUUCACACGGUGCUGAAACUCACACCUGUAGCUUAUGGCUGCCGCGUGGAGUCCAUCCACCUGAACGUGGAGUCAGUGAGCACACACCGGGAGAGGUCGGAGGAUGCCAAGAAGGGCCCUAACCCGCUCAUGAGGCGUAAUAGUGUCACCCCGCUGGCCAGCCCCGAGCCCACCAAGAAGCCGCGCAUCAACAGCUUUGAGGAGCAUGUGGCGUCCACAUCCACCGCCCUGCCUGUGUGCCUGCCCCCGCAGGGGCCCCCACCGCCACCAUCAGGGCAGCCUUUGCUAGGGAAGGCCUGCCUAACCUGAAUGGCCCCCAGAGCAGUGAGGACUCUUCCUGCACACACUGAGGCAGCCCCACCAGUUCCAGUCCAUUUCCAUUUCUGCAGCUUAUCUAGUGCUCCUCCAUCUCCCUGGGGCCGGGCCAGCCCAUGGACCCCCACCUAAGCCUGGCGGGGUGAUUAGAAGAGGACUUGGAGGUCUGAGAGCAUCCCUGCCCCUGCUGCAUCGCUGAGGCCGAGAUACCAGGAGGAUUUCUCUGUGUGCCUGGGCCACCUCUGUGCCCGCAGGCUGUCUGCCUUCUGCUUUUCCUGGCUCAGGGGUGAGGAAACUGAGGGGGAGAGCCCCCAACCCCAGGACAGUCUGGGCGGCUCUCUGAUGGAGUGCUCCCAUCAGCUCCCAGAGGAAGGGAGAAAGCGCCUGCAAGGGAGGCUGAGGAGCCCUCACACCCCUUCCUGCUGUGGCUACUUUCUGCCCUGAUGUCUUGGAGGAUAGUCUGCCAGGCAGAAAGGAAAGACUUUGCUACAACAGUGGGGUGCCCCAGGGCCUCCAUCUUCCGCCUGGAUCUGAGGCCCCAGGGCAGGACUGCUCCCCUGAACUGAGUGCCUUUUGCACAUGUUUGAUACAGAAAAGUGUCACCUGUGAGCAUUGCCAGAUCGUGGAGAACUUGGGUGUCUGGAAUUAUGCCCCUUGGGAUUGGAACAAGUGACAGUGAGAUGGGGGCCCCCAAGGAUCCUGCCCCCCUCUUUUGGGGGUUCAGUCACCCUUGCACACCAUCUGCCCACACGGGCCAUACUCCAGAGGCACCAGAAAGGGAUGAUGGACCUGUUUGUUGUCACCGUACCUGCAGUGGGUUUGGGACUACAAGGUGGCCCUUUGGGGCAGAUGGUCGUGAACACCCAUUUUUUUCUGCCUGUGCCUCCCAGGUUUGGGCACAGGGGUGUCCAGGGGGCCCAGAGGAAGCAGCUUCAGAAGGCGACCUGAGGAUGCCUUGGCAAAGGACCGCACAUUCUCAGCUUACUUCACUGAAGAUAUGGCUAGGGGUGGUGGCUGGGAGAUAAGAGCUGUGUUGUUUUCAUGUGGUCUGAGGGGAGGUUUUGGGGGCAUACAUACAGGCCUCUGGCAGGGGUUAGGUGGGAGUUAGGGGGACACAUUUCCUACAAUCAAACUGGUGGCUUCACAUCAAACCACCCCAACUCAUCCCCAAUAGACAUUUUCUGGAGCAGGCGCACUGCAUAUAUUUAUAUGCGGAAGACCUGCCCUCCCCUGCCCCCUUUCUUGGCUGGAGAGUGUGUGUGUGUGUGUGUGUGUGUGUGUGUGUGUAAGUGUGUGUGUAAGUGUGUGUAAGUAAAUGAUUGUGUAUUCUUGGGCAGGGCUGUCUUCAGAGCAUGGGCCUAUGACUCUACUCUUGAGAUCAGCUUCCGCUGUCCACUGUGUUUCCUGCCCAUCCCCGUCUCAAGAUCUGCUCUCCUGCCCACCCCAGCAGGGGUUCUGGGAGGUGGCCCCCCACCUCUGGCACAUGGACCUGAGGUGCUGGUACAGGACCUGAUUUGGGGGAGCCUAGCUGGGGAGGCAGGUCAUGGAUCUGCGUGGAGCGGGAGAGACCUUGGACAGAGCCGGAAGCUAAUGUGGGGUCCUAGGCAGGGAGGGGGCAGCUUCUGCCUCUCUAACUACUGAAUCCUCCCCACCCACCCAGGAAUAAAAAUCUGGGACCAAUUUAUUUCUAUUUGGCAUACUUAUUUUGAGGGUGGCCUUACCCCAAUCCUGACUCUGGCCUGAGUUUAGGUGAAGUGCUUUCUUGGGCAGGAGGAGAGAUGAACUGUUUGAACUGCACCAGUGACUUUUUUUUCCUUCUUCAUUUGUGAUACUUGAAAUUUAUUUUUUUAUUAUUGUGGUAGCAGAUGUGCUAUUUAUUUAUUUAAUAAGGAAGCUCUGGUGGUUGGUUGGUGUGGGGCCCCUUUCCAUGAGUCUUAUAGAGCCGCUUGUGUUCUGAUGUUUGUCUGAAUGAAUUACCUGGGGCGAAGCUUGGCUUUGUGACAGCAGAUGCCUUUCAGAAAUUUGUAUAUUUUGCAGUUGUCAGAUCAAUAAAACACCUGAUUGAAAUACA